AUGAAUAAUAUUUCAGAGGUGACUGAAUUUAUUCUUGUGGGGUUAACAGAUGCCCCAGAGCUGCAAGUCCCUUUAUUUAUCAUCUUUACUCUUAUUUAUUUGAUCACAUUGUUUGGGAACCUUGGGAUGAUUGUGUUGAUUCUCUUGGACUCUCGACUCCACACUCCCAUGUAUUUUUUCCUCAGUAACCUCUCCCUGGUGGACUGUGUUUAUGCCUCAGCUGUCACUCCAAAGGUAAUAGAAGGGUUUCUCACAGAACACAAGAUCAUAUCCUACAAUGCGUGUGCUGCCCAAAUGUUCUUCUUAAUAGCGUUUGCAAUUAUUGAAGGUUUUCUCUUGGCCUCAAUGGCCUUUGACCGUCAUGCAGCAGUGUGCAAACCAUUGCAUUACUCCACCACCAUGACAACUACAAUGUGUGCCCUACUUACUGCUGGUUCUUACACCAGUGGACUCUUGCAAUCUUCCAUCCAUGUUGCCUUCACUUUUCACCUCUCCUUCUGCCAUUCCAAUGUAGUGAAUCACUUUUUUUGUGACAUUCCUCCAUUACUGGCACUUUCUUGUUCUGAUAUCUACACAAAUGAAAUUGUACUGUUCUUCUUGGCAGCAUUCAAUAUUGCUUUAACUAUAUUAGUUAUCUUAACCUCUUACAUACUUAUCUUUAUUGCAAUCUUGAGGAUGCAUUCUGCUGAGGGACAGAAGAAGGCCAUUUCCACCUGCACAUCCCACCUAACCACUGUUUCAAUCUUCUAUGGCACAAUCAUCUUCAUGUACUUACAACCCAGCUCCAGUCACUCCAUGGACACUGACAAAGUAGCAUCUGUGUUCUACACCAUGAUCAUUCCCAUGCUGAACCCUCUUGUUUACAGCCUGCGGAACAAAGAAGUCAAGAAUGCAUUCAAGAAGGUUGCUGGAAAAGUAUUGUCUUCACUGGGAUUAGUCAAAUACCUGUAA